CUAUAAAAUAAAUGAAAUGUAGAAGGGUAGAAGCGUCAUUUGAGUGAAAACGGUCGGCCAGGCGCUCCUCUUGAUUGCUGGUCUUCUUCCCUCACUCGCAUGCUCUGACUCAUCACGGUCUUCCCGUCGAAGUCACUGCAACACAGCCCUUAAAUCAUGCAAUCAAUUUUCUAAGUAUCCGUUGUGCCGCCAUUUUUCAAGCUUCGAGCUGGUUUCCCUUAUACCACUCGUUUUCUCCAUUAUUCGUUUUGUAUAUCCACUCGCCUUGUCGGAUUGUGUGGGUGGUGGUGUGCUGAUCAGUUCUUCAAUCAUAAGGCGCGAUCUCGCCGGAAGUGAUGGCGGGAGCCGGCAAUGAAUCCGGAGGGAGUAUUCUCACUGCCAAAACUCCUGUAUUCGGUCAGAAGCUGUACGUACUCGUCAUAGCCACUGCUGUGCUCACGCUCGCCAUUUUUGCGCUCCUUUUCCUCUUCCUUCGUAGGAGGUGGAGCUCUAACCGACGCCGUAUCGGCGCCAAACUCGGUUCAGGACGUUUGCCCUUGGUUUGCGAAGAAAUCGGGGAGAUUAAAGAGACGAAUAGUCAAGCGCAAGCUGUAACCAAACCACUUGGCGAUGAUAGCAGCAAAAAGGUUUUUCUGAUUGCAGACGUCGCGAGAGGAAUCGAGAUCGAGGAGUCGGAGAGCAACGAAUCGAGCACCACUCGGAGCGAGUCUUCGUCGGCAUUAUCGGCGUCCACAGACGGUUUCGUAAACCUCGCGUGGGGUCGGUGGUACACCUUGCGGGAACUCGAGGUCGCAACGAAUCAGUUCGCCGCCGAAAAUGUGAUCGGCGAAGGAGGAUACGGCGUCGUUUAUCGCGGCGUUUUACCCGACGGUUCCGUAGUUGCCGUAAAAAAUCUUUCCAACAAGAAGGGGCAUGCAGAGAAAGAUUUCAAGGUGGAAGUUGAAGCCAUUGGCAAAGUCAGACACAAGAACCUCGUCGGUUUGUUAGGAUACUGUGCAGACGGUGCUGAAAGGUUGCUUGUAUAUGAGUACAUUGAUAAUGGAAACUUGGAGCAAUGGCUGCAUGGUGAUGUUGGCCCAAUCAGCCCUUUAACUUGGGAUAUCCGAAUGAAAAUUGCCAUCGGGACAGCAAGAGGACUCGCAUACUUGCACGAAGGACUAGAACCCAAAGUCAUCCAUCGCGACAUAAAAUCCAGCAACAUUCUUCUGGAUAGAAAAUGGAAUGCAAAAGUGUCGGAUUUCGGACUUGCCAAAAUAUUGGGCUCAGAGAAGAGCUAUGUUACUACACGUGUAAUGGGAACAUUCGGAUAUGUCUCCCCCGACUAUGCAAACACCGGUAUGCUCAAUGAAGGAAGUGAUGUCUACAGCUUUGGAAUUCUGCUCAUGGAAAUAAUUACUGGACGGAGCCCCAUAGACUAUUCCCGCCCUCCUGGGGAGAUGAAUCUGGUUGAUUGGUUCAGAAGCAUGGUAUCUAGCCGUCGUGGCGAAGAUUUGGUGGAUCCCUUGAUCGGUGUUCCUCCUUCCCCGAGAACUUUAAAGAGAAUAUUACUUGUCUGCCUACGCUGCAUCGAUAUGGAUGCCUAUAAACGUCCAAAGAUGGGGCAAAUUGUGCAUAUGCUUGAAGCCGAUGAAUUUCCUUACCAUCCUGGACAUCUUCCUCUCCGGGAGCCUCUCCCACUUCCUCCCCGAGUUGUUGGCAGAAACAAAAUCCUUAAUCCACAGAAGAACGAUGAUGAAGAAGAAAGACUCGGGCAGAGAUGAUUAUUACAGGACAAUGGUUGGUGCAUUAUAAGGUAUUCUACUUUCUACAGUUUAUGAUACUCUACAGUUAAUCGAUGAUGCGUAUUUUCUAUAGAACACUCCUGCGUUGUCGUAUAUCCUCUUGGCUUAGUUCUACCAUUAGAUCUUUAUACAUGGAAUCACCCCAUUUACCAACAAAACAUAUGUGUUAUUACAACAUAGCAACUGAUUAUCCAUGUAUCACGGCCGAUGAUAGAGCCAAGCAAUGAGGAUGUAGGAUGACGCAAGUUUUAUACAGAAAAUAACAAACAUACACACAGGUACAACAGAAACUCCCUUGUUACAAGAAUAGAAACAGUGUUGUUUUUUCCAUUUGUGAAGAGUAUAGAGUUAUUUAGUUUAAUUAUUUUGUACAUACAUAUAUAAGGUGCUGAGAAUUAUACAUUGAAUUUUAUACUUGCAUUAUUUAUUUAUUAUAUUUUUAUA